CCGAAACCAUCUUCUUAUUUGCUGUUCUCCGUCUGGUUUCUGAAGACGACUCCCGAAAAAUCAUCUAAAAAUUCCCAUAAAUCAGAUCUAACAAAAUGCUUCCUAAUACGGCGUCGUUUUGUUCUGAUUGUUCUUCAUCAUCCAUAGAUCUGAUCAUGUAAAUCCCAAAUAUAUAUAGAUAUUUUUAUACAACAAUUUUCCGAAUUUUCUUCGGUAAUUUUUCUUAAUGGAUUUGGACGAAUUCCGGUUGAUUUUAUCGGAAUCGAAGGUAGAUGUAUGGACGAUGAUUGAUACGGCGAUUUCCGUUGCUGCAGUUGACUGUGCUGAUGAAUUGAAACAUCGCCGUGAUGGAAUCGUUGAAAAACUGUACUCCACGCGCUCCCGGAGCUCCGAUGACGUCGUUAGUGGUCAGCAUAGGUUAGAUAACGGUGAGAGAGGUACUAGAAAUGUGGAGAUGAUGAUGAAUAAGAGUCCGUUAACGCCGGAGUCGAAUCAUAGGGAGAACGACAAUAGUAAUGAGAAGAAUGAGGAAGAGGAAGAUGUAGAUCCAUAUGGAGGAUUGUUUGAUGAUGAUGAACAAACUCAAAUUCUUUCAAUCAAAGAACAACUUGAAGAUCCACAAUUGUCGGAUGAGGAUGUGUUUGACUUGCUUCAAAAUCUAGCAGAUAUGGAUAUUACAUUCCAAGCUCUUAAGGAAACUGAUAUCGGAAGGCAUGUGAAUCGAUUGAGGAAGCAUCCAUCGAGUGAAGUUAAGAGAUUGGUGAAGAUGCUUGUGAGGAAAUGGAAAGAAACUGUUGAUGAUUGGGUUAGGCUCAACCAGCCUGAGCAAAAUGGGUCUGCAAAUCUUAUUGCUGCUGAUGGAGACUCGCCCCAACAGAGUGUACCGAAGAAUCAACAGAAUGGUAAUCAUCAGGUUCCUGACUUCGCAUACUCACCGAAUCCUCGAAAUGGAAGUUCGAGCUCAGACAGGAAUAAUUCAGAAUCUGAGUACAAGCCUAAACCAGUUCCCCAACGGAAUGUAACCCCUACUAGACCGCUGCAGUCUGCUCCUAAACCUGCUUCUGCUCCUCCCCCAAGUAGAGCUCCUCCGAGGGAAUCAGCGAUAGAUAUUGAGAAGUUGAAUUCAGCAAGGCGUCGUCUUCAGGAGAAUUACCAAGAAGCUCAAAAUGGUGUGGUUUUGGAUUUUGGAAUAUAUUGCCGUAUUAUUAGCAGUAGCAAAAGUAGUAGUAGUAGUAUUCCAUUUACAGUUAGUUGCUCUAUUUGUGGAUUAUUGACUGUUGAUGUAUUGUUUUUGCUUUGUGAAGCUAAAAAGCAAAGGACAAUACAGGUGAUGGAUAUUCAUGAGAUUCCAAAACCAAAGAACGGCUUCUUUGCCAAGAAUAAAGGCGGCUUUCAGGGCAGGCAUCAUCGUUGAUUUUGUCAGGAAAAAAAAAACCGUUUUGUGUGUACAAUAGUACUGCUCCUCAGCAAACAUCUCGUCCUAAAGUUAAAACUAUGCAUCUCUUGUGAUAACGGGAUUUUACCCAAAUGGUUCAUCCCUGUUAGUUCUUACUACUACCUUUUCUUUCCAAUCAAAAACUAUUUAGUACUUCCUUCUA